AUGCUAAAAGAAAAACUACGAAAGAGAAGGAAACGUACGGCAAAGAGAUGGUUCCAUAAGUUCGAAAAUGGCGACUUCGACUUGAGCGAAAAACCACGAUCAGGCAGGCCGAUGCAUCAUGAUACAGUGGCUGCUCAUUUGCAUCUGCUAGGAAAAAGUUGGAAAUACGGCAUGUGGAUACCUCAUGAGCUGAGUGGCUACCAACUCCAGAUGAGGAGAGAUGCAUGCCUAAAAUUUUUG